GUUCCAAUUGAACUGAACAAAGAAAAAAGAUGUUGCAGCUUUUAUAUGCGGUGAUAUUUGGGGAAAUGUUAAUGAUUGUGAGCUUUCUGUUCAAGACUCCGCUCAGGAAACUCGUCAUCGUUUUAUUGGGUCGGGUCAAGCGAGGUCGGGGACCCGUCGUCGUGAAGACCGUCGCCGCCACAUUGCUGGUGGUGCUCGCUUCCUCCUUCUACACCAUCAUCAAGAUUAAGGGUCGCACCCUUGAACUUGGUAUUGUCAACCCCACCGACCAAGUCCUCAUGUCCAAGCACAUGCUCGAAGCUUCUCUUUUGGGGUUUGUUCUGUUCCUGUCUCUGAUGAUAGAUAGAUUGCACCAUUACAUUAGAGAGCUUCGGUUGCUCAGGAAGAACUUGGAGGCUGAUAAGAAACGAAGUCUAAGUUUUGAGGACGGUAAAAAUGGCCGUGCAGAGGAGCACAAGGCAUUGAUAGAAGAAAUAGCCACAUUGAAGCCCAAAGUUAAGAAACUGGAAUCUGAAAGUGAGGUGAAAGGAAGCAAGGCUAAGGCUUUGGAAGCUGAGGUGGAGGCUCUUAAAAAGCAAUAUGAGGGGUUCCAUAUGGAAUAUGAACGCCUCUUGGCAGAUAAUCAGAAUCUGCAAAGUCAGUUGGAGGCUAAGUACUAAUUACCAGAGCUUUUCCCAUCUUGAUAACAAAAAGAGAAUGUGAAGGUUCCUAUAUCUAGCAAAGCAAUUUUCUCACUUUCAUUCAGCUGCUUCUGUUUGAGGGUAUACAUGUUUGCACUAGAGAACUAUGUCACAGUUGGAUAGAUAUAUUUUAAGUUCAUAAAGAGGAAAGAGAUGUUAUGCGGAUUGAGUGAGUUGACUAUGCUUAAAGCAGCUGAUAUAAUAGGAUAGUGGAUAGGGGUUGAUAGUAUAGAAGAGCUUAUAAG